GUAGAUCUUCCCCGUGAUGGAGCUUCUUAUGACAGAAAUGAUGCGACAGACGUGACUAUCUUCAUUCUUGAUACUGGAGUCCUGUUUACUCACGAUGAGUUUACCAACGGCCGCGUCAGCUUUUAUAACGAUACCGUUACACCUAACUCGCCCAUUAUGGUGGACGUCAAUGGACAUGGGACCCGCUGUGCGAGCGUAGCCGCCGGAGCCAACAUAGGAGUCGCUCAGGGCGCGACCGUAGAGAGCAUUCGGGUAGCUGGAUCCGAUGGCUUAGCCGCCGCUGAUGACGUCCUCGCAGGGCUUGACGACAUUCAACGUUGGUGGAACAACAACCCGGGUUCUAAGUGUGUCGUCUCCUACUCACUGAUUUCCACGUCCUUUAGUACUACACUCAACUAUGCUUUCGGGAACCUCAGCGCAAACACCGAUUGCGUGGUCGUCGUGGCAGCUGGAAACCAAGGUGCGGACAUCAGCAUGGCUGAUGCCUGUAACUACUCACCGUCUGGAUCACCUGAUGUCAUCACGGUCGGAGGGUCGAGAAACCGUAUGAAUGGCGCGAGCGAUGAUCGUAUCGGAAUUUCCAAUUACGGUCCUUGUGUCGACAUCUACGCCCCAGCAAGAAAUAUCGACCUCGCUGCCCCUUCCGGAAGCAGUAAUUCCAACUACCUAAGAUCAUCCGGCACCUCCUUUGCAACCCCUGCGGUGGCAGGUGCUGCCGCCAUGAUUCUGUCCACCACUAGCCUGACACCUACUGGGAGUGAGACAAUGACUGAUCUCGUCCUGGACAUCCUUAUUGCGACAAGUGCCAAGGACAAGCUGACGAGUCUUCCUGCUAGCAACGCCGCGGUUUUACCCUCCUUUAACCGCCUUCUAAACGUUGUCAGCAAUACUUACUACGCAUAAACCCCCUGUGGGUGUAGUUGGUGAUGACAAUGUACCAUGGUGAUUGACAUUGUCAAUAUCAUCGUCUUUGUCAUUGACCUCGUCAUUGGAACCCUGGUAGAAGACAACCUAUAGUUUAAAUUGAUUUAUAGAUGAUUAAAAAAUGAUGAAGUAAUAUAAGUGACGGUAUCAAACGUUUCUAUCUUUUAUUUUAAUGAAAAUUUCGUUUGAUGUUCUCGAUAUUAUUGGUGGUUAGUUUUCGUUUCUUGCUAGAACUGUUUUAACCUAAUCUUUCUUCUCAUGUCCACCUCAUGUCAUUAAGUUUAUCAUGAUAUCACAAAUACUUACUUGAA